AUGGUCCGACUUGGUUGGUGUGAGCAGUUUGUAAUCCACCAUGGUAGCUUCGACGCUGUUUUCCCUCGGCCUUCUCGCGAGUAUAGCCUCUCAUCACCGGUCAAUCAAACGCACAGUCACCCCACGGUGACUAUUGAUGCAGGUGUAGUCGCCGGAACCACAACAUCCAUUUCAUCCUCCACUGUUACAGUGAACCAAUUCCUUGGUAUUCCCUUUGGUGCCCCUCCCGUGCGCUUCAGUCCUCCAAAGCCUCCUGCACCGUGGUCUUCGGUCUACGAUGCAUCCAAGUAUAAAUCCGAUUGUAUCCAACAGUUUAUAUACCCAGAGGCCUCACGGAACCGGACAAUCGGGGUAUCCAACACGCCUCCGCCUCGGGGCGGCGAGGAGAGUGAAGAUUGUCUCCACCUGAAUAUCUUUACCCCGCAGGCAGCACCAGAGACCUCCAAGGCUGUCCUCUUCUGGAUCUACGGCGGUAGUUUUUCGUUUGGAGCGAGUUCCCUGCCCAGUUAUGAUGGCACCAGCCUUGCGGCGAACCAGGACGUUGUGGUCGUCACCAGCAACUAUCGCACCAAUGUCUUUGGCUUCCCGGGCUCUCCUGAUCUACCUCCAUCACAAUGGAAUCUCGGCUUACUCGACCAACGUCUUGCCCUGGACUGGGUCCAGCGAAACAUUGCGGCCUUUGGCGGAGACCCCAGCAAAGUCACCAUUGUAGGCCAAAGCGCAGGGUCCAUGAGCGUGGACGCUCUCAUUACAAGUCCUCCAGACCCUGUUCCAUUCCGCGCUGCCAUCAUGGAAUCCGGUGAAGCAACGCUACUGGCGUUCAUGGCUGGGUCCGAUUGGAAAGCUCUGGUGAACGCUACCAACUGCCAGAACAAGAAUGAGCUUGAAUGUGUUCGCGCCAUCCCCGCGAAGCGACUUAAAGAGAUCGCUGAACGAAAAAUGCUCACCUUCACCCCGAUUCCCGAUGGAAUCACCUGGCCAAAGAACCCACAUCAGAACCGUCUGAACUCCACGAAUGACUCGUCUAAGAUCGCCCGUGUGCCUUUACUGAUCGGGAGCAAUGCUGACGAAUGCCAGACAAUUGUCGCUGGACAGAAUGCGGCCGAAGCACGCGUCUUUCUCAGUGGAAUCCUGGGCAAUAACACGGCUCGGCUUCAAGCUAUCCUGAAAGAAUAUCCACUGGGCACUCCGGGGGUUAAAACUGAGCGCGAUCGUGUAGCGAAGAUUCUUACUGAAAUGGGAUUUCAGUGCCCAGCACAGCGCGUCGCUAAUGACAGCGCGUCUGCAGACAUUGGUACUUGGCUGUACUACUUUAAUGCCACCUUUCCGAAUACCAAUCCACUAGCUGGUAGCGGGGCCUUUCACGCGGCGGAGAUCGAUCUGGUCUUCGGCACAUACGCGCAGGAGGGGGCCACGAAGGUUCAGAAGGAAUUAAGCCAGGUGAUACAGAAGACGUGGGCUGGCUUCGCGAAAAGUCCGUCUGCCGGACCCGGCUGGGAGACGGUCCCGCAGGUUGGGAUCUUUGGUGAUGGACCGAAGACUGAAGGAGAUGGCGUGACCCAGGGAUUGUUUCAAACUGUUGAUGCUAAGGAGCUUCAUCAGAGGUGUCAGCUGUAUCAAUCAGGCUUUACAUGA